GUUUAUUCUUCAGUCUAAAGGAGUGAUUCAUAAUCAACUCUUAGAAAAGCAGAGACUAGCUGAAGAGAAAAUUAAGGAAUUAGAGCAGAAGAAGUCGUACCUGGAGCGGAGCGUGAAGGAAGCAGAAGACAACAUCCGGGAGAUGCUGAUGGCCCGAAGGGCGCAGUAG